AUGCGGAUCCCGGCGUUUGCUGCUGUCGCUUUCAGCGGGGCGGGCCUCGCUCUGCUCGUGGCCUGCGACUUUGAUGAGGCAUGUUCUGUGAGGGCGGGUGCGGUGCUGGCGUCGGUGCCGAGGACGGCGUGGGCUGUCUCCUGGGGCGUGCGCAGCGGCCUCGCCUACGUCAGAUGUAUGGUCACCCACUCGGACCGGGGCAGCGAGGAGUACAGGCAUGACCUGGCGUUGCUGCACGGGGCGUGCGCCCGGCGGCUGCUGCGGCUGUGCCAGAGCAACGGCGGAGUCUACGUGAAGGCCGCGCAGCUGCUCAGCACCGCGCAGACCGUGCCUGCAGAAUACCGCACGGCGCUGGAGGUGCUCCAGGACCAGGCAGAGCCGAGGCCCUACGCUGACGUGGAGCUGGCCAUACAGCGCGAACUGGGGCUGCCGAUCGGCGCGCUCUUCGUUGAGUUCGAGCCGGAGGCGCGUGCGGCCGCCUCGCUGGCGCAGGCACGCAGCAUUCCCUCUCUAUGUUUAACCUCACCCGAUGCGCAGGUUCAUAAGGCACGGCUGGCGGACGGGAGGGAGGUGGCGGUCAAAGUGCAGUACCUGGGAUUGGAGACUGCCGUCAAUGCGGAUUUCACUACGCUGUCACUUCUGGCCGACGCGGCAGCGCGCUUCUUCCCGGACUCCUUUGACUUUGGGUGGGUGCUGACAGAGCUGCGCCAGAAUUUGGCAAAGGAGCUGGACUUCCGGCUGGAGGCGGCCAACGCGCAGCGACUCGCCGCCGCCUUUGCCGGCCGCCGCGGCGUUGCCGUUCCGCUGCCCGUGCCCGAGCUGUCUGGGGAGCGGGUGCUGACUAUGGAGUGGAUCGACGGCUGCAAGCUGACAGACAUGGAGGCCCUGGUGGCCAUGCGCGUGCACCCACACGACGUCGCCUUAGAGCUGCUCCAUGCGUUUGCCCAGAUGACCUUUGUCGACGGCUUUGGCUUCUGGUACCGCUGGUUUGGGGGGCAGUGGCAGGAGCCGCAGCUGGUGCUUUUGGACCACGGGCUCAUAGUGGAAAUCCCUGACGCGCUGCGGCAGCAGUACUGCCAGCUCUGGUGCUCCUUUGUGCUCAACGACCAGGCCACCGCCGCAGCCGUCGCCACCCAGAUUGCAGGGGAGCGAGGGGGCGAGCUUCUGCCCAAACUGCUGCGGCCGGGCGCCCUAAGGAGCGAGGAACAGCGGCGAGCCCUGCGCUCACAAGCCGGGGUUUCGUCCAUUGGGGAUCUGGGGCGGCUGUUAGAGGGGCUGCCAAGGCCGCUGGUGGAUUUUCUGAAGGUCAGUGCGAUCACUCGUGGCGCCGCAACAAAGCUGGGAUCCUCGGUGCCCGACCGGCUGCGCAUAAACGCCACCUAUGCGCUCAAGGGCAUGUCGAUAUGUCGGCUCCCCGGGGGCAGGGUACAAUACGAGGGCAGCUUACAAUCCCGGCGACGGCGGCUGCGCAUCAGCGUCAGCAUCCGGCUUCUGCGCUGCUACUUCUGGCUGAGCUCGACUGCUCGGCAGAUGUGGCAGAACCUGAGCGGGCAGUGCUUUGGGCACCAACCUCUGGCGCUGCCGCUAGUGACAGAAUGGGGUGCCAGGAGCGUCGACGGUGCCUCCGUCGCAUGCAAAACAGCACGGGCCCACGGCAUUUCCUGGAUAAUUGUCGUAAUUGCCUCCAACUUCCUCGUGUUUGCGGGAGCGAUCCCAGCCAAUCCGACAAGUUUCAACCUGUGCGGUACCUCGUUCAACGACGCUUCGGGCAUUCAAUGGUAUGGCAAGAGCUUCAUUGUCGCGAGCUCAAUCGGAGCUUCCUGCAUAAACACCACCAAUCCAAUCGUCACCACUCCCUCCAGUUGCCCUGCUCCUAACUGCAUCGAACACGAGCUGCAGGAGAUGCUACAAAUUUCGGAGACGGGUGUCAAUCUGACAUACAAUAACAUCGGCAUUGGGUCCAUUGGCUUAAUAAACACCAACUUUCAGGUCACGCUGUAUUUCGCAGAGUAUGUUGCCACAGCUGUGGGCCAGAGGGUGUUUGACAUAGUAAUCAACGGCGCCACCGUGGCGACUGAUGUUGACGUAUUUGCUCUGGCGGGCGGUCAGGACAGAGCUGUGUCCUUGAAUUUCCUGGUCAACUCAGGUUCCAUUAUAUACUUCAACAUCUUUCUCCCCACCAAGGUGGGACCCGGCAGCAUUUUCGCUGGCGUGAGCUUUGGCUGGGCCACAAAAACAAGCAUCAGCUACAUGCCACCCAGCUUUGUCAUUUGGGGUGCACCCAUCACCCUGCAAGCCAUCGUUUCCUCCCUCAACCCAAGCCUGGGGAAUAUCACUGAAGGCGCCGUAUCCUUCUAUAUCGAUGGAGUGUUCAUAGGCGGUUCGAUGGUUGUAGACAACCACCCCUGCGCCUACAACAACCACCCCUGCAUCUUCCACAACCACCCCUGCGCCUACAACAACCACUCCUGCUACCAGCACUCCAACGCCCUCAACCACCCCCACCACGACCACCUCAAACCCCCCUACAACCAUCGCGAGCCCUACCACAACCCCUACAAACCCUACAUCAACUCCCCUGGCUUCUUCGACGCCACCGCCCACGACUGGAAAAUUGUCUUCUUCCCAGCUUCUGGAGGCAGCGGCGGCGGAGUCGCGCCCGUAGUGGCGCCCGUAACGGUCACUGUCAACGUGGAAGGACUCGAGGCGAAUGUGGCUCUCGCGAUCUCAAGCCCUGCGCUGCAAUUCCCCUCCUGCACAGACCCUGUGAGGGUGGUUGCAUCGGUGACGGGCCUCUAUUACACGACGGCCCCCACCGGAGCUGUAACCCUAUCCAUCUCCGGCCUCAAAUCCCCUGUCGCCGGCGCAACUCCCCUCAGCGUGACCCUAGCAUCGGCCAACAUCACAGGAGGAUCGGCGGAAUUUGUACUGCACCCGCGCAGCCACACAGCAGGUGCCGUGCAGGCCCUAACGGGCGCUGACAAAUCCUCCAGCGCCAAGCUGCUGCCGGGAAGCUACCAGCUGACAGCAGCCUAUUCUGGCAAUGCCUUGUAUGGCCCAGCCACUGGCAGUGCCAGCCUGGACAUUGACCACGCCUGCGCCUACAUCAUCCACCCCUGCUACCAGCACUCCAACGCCCUCAACCACCCCCACCACAACCACCUCAAACCCCCCUACAACUACCCCGAGCCCUACCACGACCCCUGCAAACCCUACCUCAACCCCUGCCAGCCCUACAACAACCCCGGCAGUCGUCACCUCAACUCCCCUGGCUUCCAAUACGCCUUCCCCAACCACUGGCAAGGUCACAGUCACCAUGACUUUGGACUUCAGCCCAAACCCGCUGCCGGGUCAGCCGCUCUCACAAUCAGCGGAGAGGCAAUUGCUUCCAGUGGACCACCCAUCACUGGCAAUGUCACCAGCUAUGUGAAUGCAACCCCUCUUCAGGCACACGACUAA